GUCUGGUGGCUGGUGGCAAGCAAGGUGUGCGCCUCGGGGUUUGACAGAGGUCCGAAUGAUUCGUCAUCAUCAUCACCUCGACCCCGGAUCCGAGCUCUUCACGUCGAUCACAUCCCAUAUCAUCAACAGGCGAACCAGACCUCGGCCGAACUCUAUCCCAUGAUCUACUGCACCUUUGACCGAUCUCCAUGCUCACCUCCAUACCAAGAUGAGACCGCCAGGUUUCCUCUCGAUCGCUCUUCGACGGGCAUCGAACGCUUCUCAAUCGUCCGUUGAAGAUGAUUCUCAGCCGACCACACCAGGUCCCGCAACCGCAAGCAGAUCUCCAGGUUUCGAUCACCAAGGCGAGGUUGAUACCGGACAGAUCAGCCUGAAUGUCGCUUCUUCGACCACAGCCGUGGUCGUAUCGUCAACAAACCAAUCAGUUCCCCCGAACCAGUUUGUUCUCAAAGAGCGACCAGACCUAGACCUAGAAUCGAAAUUAAAAGCAGUCGACCGGAAAGCGAAGGAGAGCGUCAAGGUGCAUUACUUUCCCAAAGACAAGCCGGUGUAUAGUUGUCGAAAAUGUUUGGUUCCCAUCGCUCUGCAGGACGAACUCGUCUCCAAGGCCUUUUCCGGGCGAGACGGACGAGCCUAUCUGAUGCAUUCGACGGUGAAUACGAAAUUAGGGAAAGUGGAGGAGAGGAGGUUAUUGACCGGACUGCAUACGGUAGCCGACCUCUUUUGUACGUCCUGCGACGCUUCGCUCGGCUGGACGUAUUUGAAAGCUCAGGAUCGGGACCAGGUGUAUAAAGAGGGCAAGUACAUCUUGGAAGCUUCCAAGACGGUCAAGGAGAACAAUUGGGAGUUGGGCACGUGAGCGUGAGUCGUGAGGAGGCGUGAGGAGGACGGGAAAAAGGGGGAUCGGGUUACGGAUCAGACUGUAUACAUAUUUGUAAUGUAAUGUAAUGUAAUGUAAUGUAAUGUAAUGUAAUGUAAUGU